AUGGCCGCCGCCGUCGACGUCGACGCGGCCGUCGAGCAGCUCGCCGAGGCAGCGGCCUCCAAGGCGAGCGGCAUGACAAGGCGGCCGUGGCUCUGCUUCGUCCUCUCCACGCUCGCCCUCAUCCUCGGCAACGCGGUCGUGGACGGGCGCGGCCACCACGUCGCGAGCGCGGCCGCCUGCUGCGACGCGUGCGCGGCGCACGCCAAGAAGUCCCCGAAGCGGCCGUGCAACUCGUGGGUCUUUUGCUACAAGCCGCACUGCUGGUCCGCCGACAACGGCAACACGCACCUCUUCGGCGAGUGCUGGCUCAAGUGGCAGAGCGACGCGGCGCACCCGCUGUACGGCCAGCGGGGCGCGUACACCGACGGGUACCGGCGCGCCAAUCGCGACAAGCACCUCAACGGAAAGUACCCCGAGGCGUCCAACCCAGAGUGGGUGGGCGCCACCAAGGCGUGGGGCGAGGCGCACGGAACGGCGCCCUUUGGGGUCGCGCCGGGCAGCCGGCGCAACCAGAGCGUGCCGACCCACGUCUCCUGGAUGGGCGGCGUGAUGGGCGCCACAGUGGACUUGCACGUGAGCUGGACGACCGACGAGCAUGGCACGAUGCGCUCCUCGGCGGGAGAUACGAUCGUCGACUAUCGCCCGUGGGAGAGCCGCGAGCAGAACCUCAAGAGGGGCGUCAAGCCCGAACAGAUGAAGUUCUGA